UUUUUGUAGUUCGCCAACUUGGCCUACGUCCCGCCGUUGCGCCAUCGCCUUCAAAAGUAAGCCUGGCAUAUGUCAUCCGUGCUGAGGUCAGGGUGUUCUCACUUCUCCGUCUGCCCAGUCGUUCCUUUGCUUUCCAUUUCCGUCUCCAUGACAUUGUCAUCACACCGUUCGCGUCGAACGCUCUUUCCUCUUUUGCUUCCAUAGCAUCACGCGCCACAAACCACGGGUGUUGGUAUCACUUACGACAUCAGCCACACUGUCGACAUGACCACCUAUUCUACAUUCCAACAAAUACGCCCGACAAGCCCAUCACGCAUGACGGGGCGCAAGGAGCCUCUCACGCAUAGAGUAUGAGACACGCUCCUUCGAAAGGAGGCGGGAUUAUGGAUGCCUAUUAGCACCGAUUCCGCAGGCCUGAUGGACGAACACUGUUUUCUUUCACGGCAGGACGUGAAUUCCCACAACGCUGACAAGACCGAGUGAAUGUCAUCAAUAUGGCUACGCAAAUGGAUCUCGCCAUGUGCGCGAGUGUAUUACAUCAACCUCUUCUUACGCUUCUUUUCUACCAGCAGAAUGCAGAUGCGAAAACCUGUAGUGUAUCAACAGACACCUUUGACUAAAUCUCAAGCUGCCCUGGCUCCAAAUACCGCAUGUCUUGCGAGCCUGCCGACGGAACUUAUCCUCGAGAUCACCGACCGCCUUGCGCUCGACGCCAUACUGGCCCUCAAAUUGACUCAACGACGAUUCAACGAUAUCCUGCCUCUCGAUCAGAGACGUUGGCAGGCUCCUCGGUCAAGGUGUGCCCAGCGCGCUAUCCAGGUUUAUUUGACCCCAUCGUCAUCUAAACCCAGUCAUCGACAUUGCAUCGUGUGUAACGCUGAGUAUCCCAUCAGCCAGUUCAAGUCAUCGAACAGUCCGGCUUGCGCGCCUAUGGAGCAUACCAACGUCCCCCACGACAUCAUCAAAUUACCACCACGAGUCUGCUUCUGGCAUGUUGGAAGGUUUAUGAGAAUUAUCAGUCAUGAGGCCGGGAACAAAAAUGGAUGGGUUAGCCACUCAGACAAAAUGUGCAUGCACUGUGGAGAUAUCCAGGGGUGGGACAAGUGCGAAUGCAAGUGUGACAGCUGUUCUUUCUGGGAAGUAACAGUCUACAAUCGACAUAUCAACGAUGGUCAAAAAUGUCGAAACCCGGUCUUCUGGAGAGACGCUCCCAGCUCACGCGUUAGAGGGGAGAAUCAACUUUGGGUUCGGGAAGAAUUUUGGGACGCGAACGGGAAACAAUUUGUUGACUUGCCUGUUCGAUUUGAGUCAGCCUAACCGAUGGAUGGGUGCGUUUGGCAUCGACCUCCAGUCAGUUUUUCUUCGUUCUUGUAUGCUUCACUUCUAACAAGAGCUGGUCUCCCUGGUUUUGUUUGUAAUCUUUAAUUCGUUAUAUCAUUUAGAAUCCAGUCUUUUCGUCAUAGAUCAUGUCAUCCUCCUCUUGUACAAGGCUAGCUUUCUCCACAUCCAUCUCUUUAGUCUCCCAUUGGCAUCCCAACUCUUGUCCCCAUCUCCGCACGCUGAACAAAG